AUGAUACAAAAAGGGGGCCCCCUCUCCCGUAUAGUGGUGCCACAGCGGCCGCCGAAGCUCGCUCGUGCUGCUGCUGCUGUGGCUGCGGCUGCUGUGGCUGUUGUGGCUGCGGCUGCUGUGGCUGAUGCAGCAGCAGCAGCAACAGCAGCACUUCUUUUGGCUCUUAUAGGGCCCUGCAACCUUCCAGUACCUAUACAGCAACAGGGGCAGCAGCAGCAACAGCAGACAGCUGCAGCAACAUCAGCAGCAGCAACAUCAGCAGCAGCAACAUCUGCAGCAACAUCAUCAGCAGCAACAGCUGCAUUAGGCAGGAUCAGCAGCAGCAGCAGCAGCAAUUAUCAGCAGCUGCAGCAGAUAUUAGUAGCAUCAGCAGCAGAUAUUAGCAUCGGCAGCUGCAUACAUACAUUAUUAUCCGCAUACAUACAUCAGCAACAGCAGCAGCAGCAGCAGCAGCAGCAGCAGAAGAUGGCGGACCCCAUAGACCAGUGGCUAGAGGAGUCCCUCUCAUUACCCGCACGACUGCAGCGGGAGUUGCGCCUCAUGGCGGAGCUGGAUGCAGCAAGUGCUGCUAUAGAAUCACAAGUGCGGCAGCGAGAGGAGCAUUUCUUACGCCGCUUAGAGGCCCUUAGAGCAGAGGGAAGUCCCCUCGUCUUUGAGGGUAUGGAGGAAGAACUUAAACAAAUACAUGAGAUGCAGCGGAAAAGUCGUGCGCUGCUACGAGAGAAGGUAGAGAUAAAUCGUCAUGCUGCAGCUGUGCUGCAUGCGGAGCAGCAGACCCUUGCUGCUGAGCGACAGCGGCUGCUGCAGAACCCUGGUAUUGCUGCUGCUGCUGCAGGAGGCGCCACAGCAGCAGCAGACAAUGCUGCAGCAGCACCUGAUGCAGGUGGCGCAGGCGGGAGCAGCAGCAGCAGCAGCAGCGCUCUGAGGAGACGGGGGGGAGCCGACCGUCUAUCAGCAGGAGCAGCCGGAGCAGCAGCAGCACAGCAACAGCAGCAGCAGCAACUUGCAAACAGCAGCAGCAGCAGCAACGUAGAUCGUUCGCAUGCAGGUGUUGCCAUGUCAGGUGCUUCGCAUGCAACUCGCGGCUGGCCUGCUUCAGCGUCACAGCAGCAGCAGCAGCUGCAGCAGCAACAGUUGCAGCAGCAGCAGCUGCAGCAGCAACAGCACGUUGAAGACCCCACGAUGCUGCACCAUCAGACGUACCUGCAGCAGCAGCAGCAGUUGCAGAUGCAGCAACAGAUGCAGCGACAGCACAUGCAGCAGCAGCAGAUGCAGCUACAAGCCCAGCAGCAGCAGCAGCAUCCGCUGCAGCAGCAGCACUCUAUGUCGCAGCCGCAGUACAUGCAGCAGCAGCAGCAACAGCAGCAGCUGCAGGACCCCCGCUGCUACUCGGCCCCUGCAUCGAUGCCAACAACACAAAGUAGCGAUGUAGCAGCCGAGAGCGGAGGCAGCAACUCUAAGACGGCUCGAGGGAGACUUAGUAACUCUAGUUCUGUGGGGGCCGGGGGGGCCCCCGGGGGGCGACAAACAGCAGCUGCUGCAGAGGGGCCCCCUCAUGGUGCUAGCCAUUCUCGUAGAGGGAGGAAGGCAGCAGAUAAUCUGUUGCUGGCUAGACACCCCAGCAGCAGCACAGCAGCAAGCAGCACGAGUUCCCCUCCUAAUGAAGGGUUACGUGCUGCAGCAGCAGCAGCAUCGGGGCCCUUAGGGGCCCCCGCAGCAAGUGGGGGCCCCCAGGGCCCCGCCCCCGGGAAGACGCAUGCAGGGGCAUCAAGGAAGCAAGGUGGAGCGAAGGCAACAGCAACAGCAGCAACAGCAGCAGCAGCAGCAGCAAAUAGAUCUGUCUCCUUUCUGCCUCUUCUUUCUCUCUCCUUGCUCUCUAUCUCCUACCUAUCUGUCUCCUUUUAA